ACACCCAGGGGUAGUGAGGAUGAAGGCCCUUGCCAGGAGUUAUGUGUGGUGGCCGGGGAUUGACAGAGAGAUAGAGGCCUGGGUCCAACACUGCCAGACCUGCCAAGAAUCCCGCCCGGAUCCCCCAAGGGCCCCAGUCCAGCCCUGGGAGUCCGCCCGACAUCCAUGGUCACGCUUGCACGUGGACUUCGCUGGCCCCUUCCAGGGAAAAACAUUCUUCAUAGUGGUGGAUUCCUACACCAAAUGGCUGGAGGUCGCACUGGUACCAUCCACUUCUACGGCGGCAGCCAUCCGGGUACUACGUAAGCUGUUUGCGACCCACGGGCUCCCUGACACCCUCGUCUCGGACAAUGGAACCGCAUUCACGUCAGAGGAGUUCCAGACCUUCACAGCGCAGAACGCCAUCCGCCACAUCCGCUCAGCACCAUUCCACCCUGCCACCAAUGGCCAAGCGGAGCGCAUGGUGCGGACCACCAAGGACAGCCUCCGCCGCAUGACACAAGGGGACUGGGAAUACCGCCUUGCCGCAUUUCUUCUAGCACAGCACAGCACCCCAAGCACAACGACGGGCCGGAGCCCAGCUGAAUUACUAAUGGGCCGGCGCCUUGCAACUAGACUGGACCGACUUCACCCCGACAGAGCUCAGGAUGAGGUAGUGGUGGGGAAAGGCAGGAACCCCCGGACAUUUGUGGCCCAGGACCCAGUGUAUGCAAAGAAUUUUGGGGCAGGCCCAGCAUGGGUACCCGCCACAGUCACCAAGGUGACCGGUCCCGUGUCGUACGAGGUACUAACGGAAGGGGGGCAAUGUUGGCGCCGCCAC